UGAAACUCUUCAGCGCGUUCGUGCGCGCCAUCAGUGAGAGAAGCUUCUGAGCACGGAUACGCGCUCGUUUGGAUACCGCGUUGUUUGUCUUCUGUCCACAUAUAAACGCGUGUUUGUGUCACAAGGUUUUGUGAAGGACUUUUAAAACAUUUGGCAAGCUCGAGCGCUGGUCCCUCGAGACGCUUUUGUUUGGAGUGUAACUGAAUUGAACUUGGUCCAUUGUUGUUGCGUGAGAAGCUCAACUUGGCAUUGAGGCUCCUGGGAUCCAAAGGUUGGAUACGCAAGAGGCUGGACACUGUUACACAUCUCUGCUUACAAUGGCGAUGAGUCCUACAUGCUUGAAGGUGUUUUCAUCCUGACUUCUGUCCUGGAUACACGCAGUUUGAGGAAAGGUUGACCUAUUGUUCAUAGACAAAAGACACUGGUUAUUCUUGUUUUCUGUGGUCAAAGAUUAAGAAACAUCAUCAUGCCUAUUCUAAAACAGCUCGUGUCCACGUCCUCCCAGUCGAAGCGGCGUUCUCGCGCCGACCUCACAGCGGAGAUGAUCAGCGCGCCUCUGGGAGAUUUCCGCCACACGAUGCACGUGGGUCGAGGAGGCGACGCGUUCGGGGACACCUCCUUUCUUAGCACCCGUUCCGGAGAGCCACCACGAGAGCCGGAGGUGCAGCGCACCUCACCUAAACAGAGCCUGCUGUCCCGAACAUUCAGGAGCAGCAAACGCUCACAGUCCGUCAAUCGCGACAAACCUGAUAAAUCCAAACUGGCAACUCCCGGUGGCUCAUCAAGUGUGAAAAAUGCCAUCUCAUUGCCAUAUCUGAACGAAGAUGGCGUCGAACGAAGUGUUGGAAUCAGUUUUCCCAAAAGCGUGUCAUCAAGUCCUUUAAGGUAUCUUCCGGACAAUGAUAAAAAGCCACUUAAUGGUGCUACAGCACCCCUUGCUUCUGACUUGGAGUUGGAAGAGAAGAGCUUCGGUGAGCUGACCGACUUGCGGCCGUCGGUUCCGUAUACCGGAGGCAUGAAACACGCAGAGUCCAUAAUGUCAUUCCACAUCGAUCUGGGUCCCUCCAUGCUUGGGGACAUCCUGAGCGUCAUGGAAAAGAAGGGCUGUGACGACGACGACCUUGGGUUCGAAGAGGGAAAAAGUAGCGAGGGACGCAGCUCACCUCUCCAAAGCCCAUCCAACGAGGCAGAGGAGUCCCUUCCUGAUAUCCGACCUCUUCAUCUUAACUCCGGGAGUAACCCUUACACUCCAGAGAUCCUUACCAAGAACCAUCAACAUCUAGACAGCUGUUCCGUGUCCAGUUCAGGGUCUACCGUGCUGGAGGAAAAAUCCGACAACCAGUUAUAUGAGGACAACGUGGUCAAGUACAGCUCACCCCGAGUUCAAGACGACACGGACUUCUCCUACAUGGAUGACAAUGAAGAUGAUGAUGAGAUUAGGGUGUAAACCUUGGCGGUGCCGGGUGGUCUGUGCAAAGAUCAAAAACAUGUGGAUUGUUUUCAAUUUGUGGAUGUACAUGCUAGCACAAGGACCAUUUUAUUAUGGAGAUGAAAGGGAAGAUUUGUAUUUCAGCCCUUAAACUCUGUUUGUUUUUCUCCACUACAACUUCUAUUUCAGGUACACAAAGUCUUUGUUACUAGUGAACGGCAACAGCUGUAAGAAGAAUGUGCUUACGUGUUUGUUUUUGUGUGCUGUCGGAUAGGAAUGCUAUUUAAAAUGGCAAUCAUUGUCCCGUGUGCAUCAUAAAUGAAUUCCAGUGUUGACCACUGAGAGUGCUGAUACUGGAGGUAUGUGUGGACUCGUUGACGGUGCAUUUUUCGGAUACAGCUCACCUAUGCCUUUGCACUCUUUGUAACUCUGAAUGCCAACAGUCUUAUGUUUCCUGUUUUGCAGUUCUUGUUUCAUCUACUAGGGUUACAAUUUUCAAUGUCAUGUACUCACCCCAGCAUCAUUUUAAAGUCAUGUGACUUUUUUUCUACGGUGGAACACAAGGAUGAAGUUUAAAUCAUGAUGAUGAUGAUGAUGAUGAUGCAUUGAAAAUGAAUGGGGACCCUCACAAAAUUUGCCAAACAUCUCUUCUUGUGUUCUGUAGAAAGAAAGUCAACAUGAGACUUCAGAUUUUGGGGUGAACUAUAACUUUAGGUUAGUAAUAUUUACAACCAAUUGUAUUGGAUGUCGAAUACCAAUUCAGAUCUGGACUUUGUCAUGUGCUUCAUGUUUGUAUAAGAGGAUUUCCUGUCAGGUCACAUGAAAUUCUCGGUCAUGGAGACAUGAAGAAGGUCAGAUUUAUGUGAUCCGUAAACUGAAAGCAAGAGUAGUGUUGUCUUAUUAUAAUGCUGCAGAAAUAAUAAUUGGAUUGAUACUUAAGUUGGACUAAAUGGCUACUUGAUAGUGUUGCGUGUAUGACCGAGUAAACAGAUUAUGAAGAGGUUUGUGUAGAAGUGUUAUUUCAUUAUUGUUAUAGACUCUUCAGUGUCUAGCGUAGUGCCUCAGUCUUUAACAUUGCUCAUCAUCACAAGGACUUCUGGAGGGUUUUCAUCUCUGAAUACCUCUUGUUAUACUUUGUAUUGCUGAAUUUAGGCUUUGCGUGCAAAACCAAUAGCCACUACUAGAGAAGGCAUUCAUGUUCAUAUGAAAAAGAUCAGAAAUACUUGCCAACUUCCUGGUAUCCCAGCAUCCAAGUAUUAACUAUUCAUUAUAUACUUUGGGUAAUCAUACAACUUUAAAGUGACUCCGUUUUGGGGAUAUCAUUUAAAAGCAUUGCAUUCUUGAUAUAUGUACAGUCACUUUUAUUCAUUUACUGUAUAUUUGAAUUUAAUAAUCCAGAUUAUAUUCAGUCAUCUUUGUCAGUCCUGUAAUCUGGCAUUACAAGCACACUAAAAGAGACAACCAGAUGGUACCCAAUGAUCUUUUGUAGAUCUUAUACUUUACUUGCAUUAUAUAGUCAUCUAUCUGUGCGCUUUUAUAAAAUGCUAACAUGGUCGUCUCGGAUAAGCAUCGCACCAUCAUUAGCUCUCAAACACUACAUCUUAUGUAGCUUAGUGUUUACCUUGUUCAUACUUUUGGUUUAUGAAAUCAGUAUGUCUGUACAGAGGGAUGAAUAUGGUACGGUUGAGUAAGGGGAUGCAUGACUUUCUGACAGUGUUUUUUUUUUAUGGUUUAUCCUCAAAGAGUUUGAAAAUUGGCCUGGAUUGCCUACAAGGAACUUGUGCUGCCUUAUAUCCAGCUGAAAUGCUGCAUUGUGCCAUUUUGUCUGAGAGUUCGAACUGAAUAACUAAAGUGGAGUAUAAAAAAUGUGCCAAUUCUCCUUUUUUGUGUUGCCCUUUUAUUUUUGUUUCUAAAGCGGUCUCAAAAAUGUCAUGCUCACGCAAGGCGGCUGAAGAUGUCCAGAUGAGACAAAUGAGCUGGAAACUUGACCGUAAGAGGGUUUUUUUUGGAAAGCACUGUGGCACCAUCUACAGGAUUUUUUGGAGUAGUCUUCAUUCAUUUAGUAGUGUUUGCUUACAGAAUUGUACCAUAAUAACAUGGAGGUUUGUGCAGUUUAUUUUUGCUUUUUUGUUAAGACCACAGUAGUAUAAUAAUUUAUAGCAUCAAAUCUGUAAUUGAAUCAUCUGCUAUCAAAUACAGAAUUCCUAAAGAAAAUGUCUUAAAACACUAAGGCUUCAAUUAACAGUAUCUCUUAAUUUUUUUUGUAUUCACUCUCUCUUUUUCACCUUUACCUGUAUUGUUUUGUAUUGACUUAAUAUACAUAAUGAAUUGCCUCACCUUUCCCUGCUAAAUAACAGUUAUAUUUUUCAAUAAAACCAAAAACUGUUAAACUUCA